UUGGAAGAGCAAAGGACGGAGCCACCGUGGCAGCAGCUCUGUGCCUUCGGAGGUCUUUGCGCUGGCCCGCCCCCAUGCCUCUCCUCCUGUUGCUGCUGUUGCUGCCGAGCCCUUCCCGCCCCCAGUCCGUCUGCGAGGUCUCCCAGGUGACCAGCCAGGUGGAAGUGAACUGUGACAACCGGGGGCUCAAGGCGCCGCCUCCCGACCUGCCGGCCGACACGGCCAUCCUCCGCCUGGGCGAGAACCCCCUGGGCACCUUCUCCACGGCCUCCCUGCUGCCUCUGACCCGGCUCGCCCAGCUGCACCUGAGCCAAAGCCAGCUGACCCACCUGCAGAUGGACGGGACGCUGCCCGCGCUGGAGACCCUGGACGUCUCCCACAACAAGCUGCGAAGCCUGCCCCCGCUGGGACGGGCCCUGCCGGCGCUCAACACCCUCGACGCGUCCUUCAACGAGCUGACCUCGCUGUCCCAUAGUGCCCUGGACGGCCUGAGCCAACUCCACGAGCUCUACCUGCAGGGCAACAAGCUGAAGACGCUGCCGCCCGGGCUCCUGGGGCCCACCCCCCGGCUGAGGAAGCUCAGCCUGGCCGACAACAAGUUGAACGAGCUGCCCCCUGGGCUCCUGGAAGGACUGGAGGAGCUCGACACCCUGUACCUCCAGGGGAACUGGCUGCGGACCAUCCCGAAGAACUUCUUUGGGGACCUCCUCCUGCCCUUCGCUUUCCUGCACAGCAACCCCUGGUCCUGCGACUGCGAGAUCCUCUACUUCACUCGCUGGCUGCAGAACAACCCCAAUAACGUCUACUUGUGGAAGGAAGGAGUAGACGUCAAGGCCAUGACCCCCAACGUGGAAAGCGUGCGAUGCGUCAACUUGGCCAACACACCCGUCUACACCUACCCGGGGAAGGGCUGCCCCACCCUCGGGGAUGCGGACAUAGGCUAUGACGAGUAUGAGGACGAGGACCCCUCCACCACGGCUGGGGUCACGCUCUCCACCAACGCCAAAGCCCGCACAACCCACUGGCCCCCACUCUACCCAACGUCUGAUUAUCCACACAGCCAGACGCCCUAUCUGUCUUCUACCCAAGAGUCCACUGAGAGUCAGAAUACAUCCGUGACCACCCCGGAACCCACGACGACCCCCCCCCCCGGGGCGCCCCCCGAGCCCCCCACCGCGGCGCCCCCCGGGCCCCCCCCCCCCAGGACCCCCCCCACCUCGGAGCCCCCCACGACCCCCACGACCACAACCUCCCCCAGGACCUCCCCCACCCCGGAGCCCCCCACGACCCCCACCACGACGCCCCCCACCACCACGACCUCCCCCACCCCGGAGCCCACCAUACCCACCACCCCAACCACCUCUGAAAUAACCACAUUCUUAACCACCCCCAAAGCCACCUCAUUCCUUACGACCUGGCCACGUGCCACAACUACCCUCCCAGAGGCUCAGGGGGUGGCUCGAGAGAAUGCACGCAGCCCCAGAAAUGACCCUUCCCUCGGCCGGGACGCGUGCUGCCUCCUUCCCCUGGGCUUCUACGUUUUGGGUCUCCUCUGGCUUCUGUUUGCUUCCGUGGUCCUUAUCCUGCUACUGGCCCGGGACCGCCGUGUGACGCCACAGGCCCCGGCCACAGCCACAUACACCACGCAUCUGGAGCUGCAGAGGGGGAAGCAAGUGCCCGUGCCCCGCGCCUGGCUCCUUUUCCUUGCAGGCUCACUGCCCACUUUCCGCUCCAGCCUCUUCCUGUGGGUGCGGGCUAACGGCCGCGUGGGGCCUCUGGUGGCAGGACGGCGGCCCUCAGCCCUGAGUCUGGGUCGUGGUCAGGACCUGCUGGGCACGGUGGGCAUUAGGUACUCUGGCCACAGCCUCUGAGGCUGGGGGAUGCGGGGACCUUGAGAGGCUGUGAUGU